AUGGCGCUUCUUCUCGGCCGACGGGGCGACCAGAUCACUAUCACCGAGGGCGUGGUGGAAGCUGCGGCAGGUAAUGAGAUGAACGGAGAGGCAGUCAUGGCGCUUCUUCUCGGCCGACAAGGCAACCAGAUUACUCUUACUGAGGGUAUAGUGAAGGUUGCGGCAAGUAACGAGACGAAUGGCGAGGAAGUAAUGGCACUUAUACUCUGCUGCGGGAGAAGGCAUAUCGCGAUUACCACGGAAGCUGUGACGAUGAUAGCACAGCUGUUUGACGAACGAAUAAUGGCGCUUCUUCUCGACCGGUGGGGUGACCAGAUCACUAUCACUGAGGAUGUGAUGAUGGCUUCAUUGAACAAUUCAAGAAGUGGCAAGGAGCUGAUGAGGCUUCUUCUCGACAGACAGGGGGAACAUAUCACAAUCACCGUGGGUGUGGUAGAAGCGGCGCUAGGAAUGGGACACAUCGAGAUGGUUAGGCUACUUCUUGAUAAGGCGGCCGACAUAACUUUUACAGACAACAACGGAUGGACGCCAGUCCAUGCAGCAUCCUGGAAUGGCGAUAUCGAGGUGCUCAAUUUUGUUCUUUACAAGGGGGCUAAUGUAAAUAUUAGAAACAGUAAUGGAUGGACGCCAUUACAUGCAGCAUCCUCGAAUGGACAUAUAAAGGUUGUCAAGCUACUUCUCGACAAUGGGGCCGAUUUCAUGAUGGCAACCAACAACGGAUGGACUCCAUUAAAUACAGCAUCCUCGAAUGGACAUAUUGAGGUUGUCAAGCUACUUCUCAAUGCAGAGGCCGAUUUCACGAUUGCAACAAAUGAUGGAUGGACUCCAUUAAAUACAGCAUCCUCGAAUGGACAUAUCGAGGUUGUCAAGCUACUUCUCGACAAUGGGGCCGAUUUCAUGAUGGCAACCAAUGACGGAUGGACUCCAUUAAAUACAGCAUCCUCGAAUGGACAUAUUGAGGUUGUCAAGCUACUUCUCAAUGCAGGGGCCGAUUUCAAGAUUGCAACGAAUGGCGGAUUAACACCAUUAUAUGCAGCAUCCUUGAAUGGACAUAUCGAGGUUGUCAAGCUACUUCUCAUUACAGGGGCCGAUUUCACGAUUGCAACAAAUGAUGGAUGGACCCCAAUAAAUGCAGCAUCCUCGAAUGGACAUAUUGAGGUUGUCAAGCUACUUCUCAAUGCAGGGGCCGAUUUCACGAUUGCAACAAAUGAUGGAUGGACUCCAUUAAAUACAGCAUCCUUAAAUGGACAUAUCGAUGUUGUCCAGCUACUUCUCGACCAAGGGGCCGAUUUCACGAUUGCAACCAAUGACGGACGGACGCCAUUAUAUGCAGCAGCAUCGGUAGGAAAUACCUUUACGACCAGGCUACUACUCGACAAAGGGGCCAAUGUUUCGAUUGCAACCAACGACGGACGGACGCCAUUAUAUGCAGCAUCAUCAAUUGGACGUGUUGAAAUUGUUGAGCUCCUUCUUGACAAAGGGGCCGAUGUUACGAUUGCAACCAACGAUGGACGGACGCCAUUAUAUGCAGCAUCAGUCAACGGCCACAUCUGGGUUGUUAAGAAAUUGUUAGAAACACCGGGUGUUGAUGCCAACACACCGGACGACCUUGGCCGCACAGCCCUCUUCUUGGCUUCUAGGUAUGGGCAAUAUCAAGUGGUGCAAGUCUUGCUAUCUGAAGGGCGCGUCAACCCCGACAGCAGGGAUUGGAUGGGUUCAACACCGUUGUUUGCUGCGGUAGCGAAUGGCCACCUUGAUGUGGUGAAGCUUCUCAUCGCUAGAGUCGCGAAUGUGGAGGAGCAAAGGGGCAUCGGGCGGAGUCUGAUAUGGUGGGCGCGGCGCAGUGGCAAUCCUCAGGCCAUUCAGCUCCUGGUGCAACAUGCCGAAAGAGUUGGCAAUUGUAUCCCUCAUGAUCCUACUUCCAAUGAUGGUGUCUCUACUCCUUUUGAUCCCGAAGUUUCUUGGUGCGACGCCUAUCUUCCACAGUUCGCCCCAACUAUUUUUAGGAGGAUCGACGGCAAGAUUUGCGAUCACGACCUCACUCCAUCCAUUGCUUCUGUCAAUCCACUUUCUCUCGUCCUCCCCGCCCUGGUCUCCUAUCCAUUUCAUCUCUUCCUCGACCUGUUUUUGUAUUAUAUCUCCAUCAGCAACAACGUCCAUCCCAGAUCAGAAUCUCACCUCCAGGACUGCUUCACCUUCGUCGAGCCUCAAUUUGAAGAACGGCUUCGUCGUCACUUCGCCUUUCUGUAUGUGAGCCUAUUCAGUGGGCUUUUGCUACCACAGCGCCCGCACCAGGAUUUCACCCCGCAAAUUCUCCAGACUCUACCGAGAAUUGCCUCUCGAUACUGCUUAUACCGCAAUAUUCCGGGGAAAGUAGAGUUGGCUGUCGACCCCGUCAUCAAGCACGCGAACCUGUCCAUCAGCAACCCCAGUUCUCCCCUGUCCGAGUCUGCUCUGGUCCCCCUUCCUCUUUGA